AUACACCAUUGAAUGAAUCUUUAUCGUAUGAUAUGUUGACAUCGAUGAUUAUCAAAAAUACAAUUCGUGAUAAUAAUUAUAUCGAAACUGGUGAAGCCAUGAGAUCUAUGACUGAUGCUGAAAUUUGCCUUAGUAUACAAGAAGCAAUUAGUGGUGGAACUUUUAAAACUGGAAAUUUACUCUCAUUCAUUGUUUAUUAUAUUGUAUGUAAUCCAGAUGUAAAAAAGAAAAUGCUAAAAGAAAUUGAUAAUGUAUUCCAAGGUGAUAAAAGGCGACCAAUUACUAAAGAUGAUUUUUAUAGUUUAAAUUAUUGUGAAGCAAUUGUAAAGGAAACAGCUCGCAUUAUUCCAGUAGUACAUUCAUUUACAAGAUAUAUUGAUAAACCUAAUAAAACGGGGGAAUAUCAUUGGCCAGCUGACUCAUUGUUUCUAAUUUAUUCUAAAGCUAUUCAUAAUAAUGAUGAAUAUUGGGAAGAACCUAAUAAAUUUAACCCUGAUAGGUGGAUGGUUGAAAAUUUUGAGCCAAAGAAGAAUUCUUUUCUUAUGUUUGGUGGAGGAUUAAGAUUAUGUCCAGGAAGAAAGUUAUCAAUGACUGGAAUAGUUUGUUUAAUGGCUUUAAUGUUUAGAAAAUAUGAAAUUAAUUUAGUGGAUAUGAAUAAUCCUAUUAAAAUUACCAGUGACGGCAGUAUAAUUAAAUGUCUCAACUUAAUAGUUGAAAUUAGACCAAGAAAUUGA